AAUAAAUGGGCCAAUUAUGUAUUGAAAAACCAAAACAAAAACACUCAGAGGAUAAUUUACAUGAACUUAAUCCAUAAACUUAAAAAUAACCAUAAACAUAAGAAUCAUCACUUUAAAAUCCAAAUUUGACAGAAUAAGAGGUAAAGGAUAAAACUCAAGUAAAAUUACUCGAUUCUGUAAACACUCAUUAAAAUUUAUCUAUUCAUGAUGUUUAUAAAAUAUUAUCUCCUCCAUUAGGAAGUGGUAAAUCUAAUUAUAAUUUCAGGAUCUUAUGCUGAAGUGCGCAAAGGUUUACACAAAGUUUUAGGAAUUACACGAGCAAUAAAAAUCAUAUCUAAAUCAGAAGCCACAAAUGAAGAGAUUUCAAGAGUUUUACAUGAAGCAGAAAUACUUAAAUAGCUAGUAAUAAAUAUUUGAAUUAGGAUCAUCCAAAUAUAGUAAAAAUUUUAGAGAUCUACUAAAAUUCUGAAUAAAUUUUUAUAGUAACAGAGUUAUGUACAGGAGGAGAGCUAUUCGAUGCCAUAGUGGAAUCUUAACAUUUUUCAGAAAAGGAUGCAGCUAAAAUAAUAAAAUAGGUAUUACAAGGAUUAAAUUACUGUCAUUAAAAUAAAAUAGUACAUAGAGAUAUAAAACCGGAAAACAUAGUUUUUGAAAGCAAAGAUAAAAGAGGAACAAUUAAAAUUAUUGAUUUUGGUACUUCAAGGGUAUUUGAUCCUCAUUAAAAAAUGAAUCAAAAAAUAGGAACCGUAAUAUUUUAUUUAUUUUUUAAGCCUUAUUAUAUAGCUCCAGAAGUGUUAAAAAAAAAAUAUGAUGAAAAAUGUGAUAUAUGGUCAUGUGGAGUUUUAACUUAUAUCUUAUUAUGUGGAUAUCCACCAUUUAACGGAAAAUCUGAAGCAAAAAUUUUAGAAAAAGUUGAAUAAGGGAAAUAUGAUUUUAAUUCAGAAGAAUGGGACAUUAUCACCGAAGAAGCUAAAGAUUUCAUUUCUAAAUUAAUGGAGAAAGAUCCUUUCAAAAGAUAUACUGCUGAAUAAGCACUUAAACAUGCAUGGAUUUUAUAAUAAAAUGAAGAUAUUUAAAGUUAAUUGCCAUAAAUAGACAGAGCUUUGAAAAACAUGAAGACUUUUAAAGUAAAUCUCUCUAAAUUAUUCCUUAGUCAACUAAACAAAUAUAAUCUGCAAUCUAUUAGUACAUAGUGAAUCAGUUUUCAAGUUAAGAAGACAAAUCAGAAUUAUUGAAAACUUUUAAAGCUUUAGAUACAAAUAAUGAUGGUUAAUUAAGUAGACAAGAACUAUUAAUUGGUUUAAGAAAGAUUAUGGAUGAAAAUGAAGCUAUAGAAGAAGUAGAUAGAAUAAUGAGAGAUAUUGAUUAAAAUAAUUCAGGAACAAUAGAUUAUUCUGAAUUUGUUGCUGCCUCAAUUAAUAGAUCAAAAUUAUUAUCCUAAGAUCGUCUGGCUAAAACAUUUAAAGCAAUAGAUAAAGUAUAAUGAAAUUAAAUAGUAGGAUGGUAAUGGUUCAAUAAGUAUAGAUGAAUUGAAAUUGAUUUUUGGAAAUGGAUUAGUUCCUGAUUAAAUUUGGAAAUAGAUAAUACAUGAAGUAAAUGAUAAAGAGGAGAUAAGUUUCUAAGAUUUUUCAGAAUUAAUGCUAAAUUUGGCAUUUUGAAAUAGAUG